AUGUCUUGGGAGAAAGGUGUGAUUGUUGGUAUUUCAUAUGAAUAUUAUUUUAUUGCAUCUAGUUCUGAGGUGAGUUUGAUUUUAAUUAAUUAAUUAAUUAAUUGCAAAUAUCAAGCCUCCUUCAGGAAGUUUUGCUUAAUCGAAAUUUGACACGUGAAAUAUUCCAAAUUGGAGAUUGUAUACGAUUUACCGCAUCAAAAAGUAGCUGGAAAGAGAGUGGAUUCAAAAUUCGGAGAGAAGUUUUGCAAUAUGAAAGAUGUGAGAAGUUUAUUGAGUGGGAAAUGCAACACAAGAAAAAUGCGGCACUUUUGAUUUUGGAUAUUGUUGAUGUGAAUGUGGAAUAUCAUGAGAAAACAAAUCGAGAUGUUCGAUGCCUUCGAACCACGUUUUUAGAGGUAAUUAGAAUUCUUACGGGGUUUUUAAAACAAAUCAAUAAAUGUCAAAUUUCAGAAAGUCUACGAUAGUGGGCACGUCUCCAAAACAGAAAAGUUUACUGGUCGAGAACUUUUGGGCAAAAAAGUUGUGGCGGUUCGUAUCACAAAUGAUUGGAAUGACUCUUAUUGGGCUGUUCUUAAUGUUAUAUCUGAUAGAAAUCCGAAUGGGAGAAUCGAAAUGGAAGGAAUUGUGAUGAUGAUACCAAGUAAAGAAACAACUGAUAAUUUAUAUGUUCGAGUGCCGUUUAGAGAUCGUGAUGUGAUUUUUCCAUUGAGUGCUCGGUUGGUUAACACGGUUCAAAUUAUCGUCCAAAUGACAUUUUCAGGUUUUUUAAGCAAAUGAGAUGAAAUAUUGGGUUCUAAUGUUAUUCAUAUGAUAGAAUGGUCUAAGACGAACAAAAUGAUAUAAAUUUUGAUGAUUUAACGUUAUCCAUAAGUGAUUUAGGGAGGUUUAGUCGAUAAGGUUGCUAAAUCACUUAAGGAUAACGUAAACUCAUCAAAAUUUUUAUCAUUUUGUUCGUCUUAGACCAUUCUAUCAUAUGAAUAACAUUAGAACACAAUAUUUCAAAGCACUCACUUAAAAAACCUGAAAAUGUCAUUUAGUCGAUGUCCAACUAUACCUUAUUCACAUUAUUUUCGAAAAAUGUAUUUUUUUCAGCGGUAACCAACCGGACAGUAAAUAUUAUGGUCGUUGGAUUUCAUUCAAACUUCCACAAGCUUCAUUCAUAUUGGACAGUAACAGUGAUGUUCGAUUAAUUGAUGAUGUUUAUCCUACUCGUUCAUAUCGUGGUCGAAUUGAAAUACGAGUGCAAGUAAAAUUUAAUAGAAACAAUUGGAAUGGUAGAUCAGACAUUGAGCUUGGAAGCGAAGGAUUUGGAACGAUAUUGGACAAAGAAUACGUUUUGGGUAUGAUUGUUUAAAAACAAUUACCCAGUUAGAAAUGAGUUCCGAAGUUCAAUUCGAAAAACUAGCAGAUAAAAAUAAAAAAAAAUGAUCUUCGAGUUUUUCGAAUUGAACUUCGGGAAAUACAGGAAAUGAAAGCUAAGAUCAAGAACUAAACUCAUUUCCAACUGGGUAACUCUUUAAAUAAAGAGUAUUUAUUUUUGGAUUUUUUUCCAGAAAAAUAUCAGAGGCUUUCAACAUUUUCCGAUCAGGCUUGGAUCUAUCAGUUUCACUACGAUGUUCAAAGAAAUAUUCGUUUUAUUUUGUCUGAUAAACAAGAAGAAUGGGAUUUUUCAUUUGAAAAUGGGCAACGUUUGCAAAAUGAUUAUUGCCGAGAUUCGAAACAAGAAAAAUAUCGAUUUGAAGAUUUUGGAAAAGAGCAGAAUUUCAGGCGUCAAAGAUCAGCAAGUGAAAGAAGUUCAGAUGUGGAGUGAGUUUCUCAUUUUCUUGAAAAGAGAAUUUAAAAAUAAAUUUAAAAAAAAACUUUUAGUUCUUGGGAUCAAGUAGAUUCGCGAAAACCAGAUAGAGAAAAAUGGAGAAAAAGGGAUGAUACAAACAGUAUUCCAUCAACAUCAAGAAGUUUCGAAGAAUCUCAAUCAAUUCGAAACAAUUUGAUGAAAUUGAAGAAGAAAUAUGAUUAUUUGACUGAAAAUGAUAUGGAAAUACCGGAAAAAUUGAUAGAAGAAUUGAAAAAGGCUAGAAUUGAAAGAGCAAAAUUCAGCGAAAAUUAA